GGGCAGCGGCCGCCCGCCCCGCCGGGGAGAGCGCCGGGAGCCGCGGCGGGGACGGCCGCGCCGAGGCACCAUGCGGGCACCGCUGCUGCUGCCGCUGCUGCUCCUCGGUGUCAGCUCUGAGAAUGUUACAACAUCUGCAAACCCAGGACAACAUGGGCAGAUCAUCACAGCUACCAGCAAGACGCAAGGGACCACCCCUACAAGCAAUUCAGGAAACUCACCAUCCCACUCUACGAUGUCACCUGCCACAGCUCAAGGGACCACCUCUGCAAGCAAGCCGGGAAACCCACCAACUUCUUCUGUGAUACCACUCAUCACUGUUCAAGGGGCCACCCCUACAAGCAACCCGGGACACCAACCAUCCACCCCUACGACAUCACCUGCCGCAGUUCAAGGAACCACCACCACAAACAACCUGGGAAACCCACUACCCACCCAUGUGAUGUCAUCCCACCCAUCUCAGCAGGUCAGCUCUUCAGCCAGAUCUGGAGCCUUAACAACCACCCUUGCUGUUCUUCAGGGAUCCUCCAGCACCGCCCAGCAGAAGGCUACCCCUCCAGCCAGCUUGGGAAGCUCAGCAGCUACCACCAGUGCAAGUCCCAUCCUCCCUCAUAUGAGCGGCCUUCCAGCCACCUCAGGAGGUUUAGGGACUGCUGUCGCAUCCUCUCCUGGCGUGGAAGCUCAGGGAAAACAGCCUUCAGAUCAGUUGACCAGCACCACUGCGAGCACCAGAGUCCCAGGGAGCAACCUUUCCCCUGGGGUCAAGGACCAUGGUGUCUCUUCUACAACUGUCGCUAAGCAGCCUCACUCUUCUUCCAGUUCUCCAGCCCAGGGACUGCCCUUUUCCACCAGACCUGGAAGCAUCAACACUUCUACCCAUUUUAGUGGAUACAUGUCCCCCACCACUAGUAAAGCAUCUCUGUCCUUAUCACCUAGCAGCAUGAAUGCCUCAGAGGCAGCCACCACGCCAACUCCUGGAGCAGACCAGAGAAGCCAUGACACAGGAUCUGCAUCAACCAAACCUGCAAGUACUGACCGGAGCCUGGCCAGCGCACAUCCCUCGGCCCCAGCUCCAGGGGACCAGACCACGAGCAGCAGUCCUGGCCACCAGCACCCUAACACCUCCUUCCAGAAUGAGGUCAUCUGUAAGGACCAGGUGCAAAAUAAUUGGCCCACCAUCCACCUGAGAGAAGCUAAAACCUGUGCGGAGUGGAGGACUGCCAGCAUCAACAUCUCCUUCUUCGAGAGCUUCUGCUCGACAGGCCAGCACGUGUUCAACGCCAGCAGGGAAACGUGCACGGUGAUGCUGACCUCCCAUAAGCCCCACUCCCAGCACUGGGCUGUGCAGGCGGUCGUGCACCUCCCUUUGGACCCCGAAAAAGUCCUCGAGGAGCUGAAGGAGAAGAAGGACAAGCUAGAGGAGCUCGGCAUCACCAACAUCACCUAUGACAAAAUGGAGAGGGAGAUGAUAAUCAACGAUGAGUUCAGCACGCCCCUAAUCAUCACCAUCGUCACCCUGGCCGGCUCCCUGCUGCUGAUCGCAGCCAUCUAUGGCUGCUGCCACCAGCGCUUCUCCCAAAAGAAGGACCAGCACAUCCACCCUGAUGUCCCCGGGUUUGAUGAUGGACAUGUGGCCCUGAUCUUUAAUCAGCGCCUGACUGAGGAGCUGCAGACUAUGGAGAAUGGCUACCAUGAUAACCCCACACUGGAGGUGAUGGAGACCUCCUCUGAGAUGCAGGAGAAGAAGGUGAACCUCAAUGGUGAGCUAGGGGACAGCUGGAUCGUUCCUCUUGACACCCUCAUGAAGGAGGACCUGGAGGAAGAGGAGGACACGCAUUUAUAGGAUACAGAACUCAAGCAAAAAAUGACCAACACCCCCCAAAAAAAACCCCCACAACCCCUACACGCACACAACUCAAGGCAAAAUUCUCAAAAAAACCCAGAAGAUCCCUUAAUGAACCAUCACUGCCCCUCGUGUCACCACAUGGGGUGCAGGACAGAAGAGGAAGGAACACGAGAAGAUGGCUCUGGGGUGCAUGGUCAACACAAGCCACCAUGGUGGCCACAUCUAGACAAGCACCCUCCAUCACCCACAGUGCUUAGCAGGACCUGCCACACCAGACCUGACCAGCCACAGGAAAACAGGGUGGCUUUGCUCCUCAGGAACUGCUGGUGUCUCCUCUGAGCGUGUCCCCUCCCAUCCCGCAUCCAACCAUGGCAACCGCAUCCUCCAGCUACCAAGCAACUCAAAAAUAAAAAGAAAUUAAUGUAAAUAGGAUGGGAGAGGGAGCACAUCUCUCCACAGCAAACCGGCACCUGGCAAUUAGAGCUAGAAAAAUCCUCUGGCCCAUGCUGUUUAGUCAUCGCUCUGCCCUCCCCAACACCCAGGUAUCGCGCAGAAGAAGCUGGAACAGCCUGUUCUUUUUUAAUCCAGUUUCCAUCCUCUCCCCAUAAACUGCCGGCUGAAACACACGAGAGCCCUGUGUUGUGCCAUAGGCAAACGCACACAUCCAGGCCCAGCCAGACGGGAGGGACGCAGCAGUGCCAAGUGAUGCUCAGUCCCACGGUGCUGGCCAGCUGCACCACAAAGGGCUGUGGGACACAUCCUGCACCCAGCUGGAGACCAGGAGAGGCACAGCAGCUUCUUGUAUUGAUAGAAGGAGGAGAGAGAGGAAAAGGAGUAAUUCCUUGAGUUCAUCCCUCCCAGGAAGGGUGUAAUGAGACCAGGAGUGACACCUGGUCACUAGCCCAGGCAAGAGGUUGGGGGUUUCAUGGUGCAGGAGCCCAGCCCCAGCACAGACCAGCUCUGCUGCUGCAUUUCCCUACAGAAGUGUUGAUUGCCUUCCAGUAAUUAUGCUGCAGCAUCUCACAACCCACAUCCAUCCUCCCCCAAGGCCGGGGGUUACAUGCAGCGUGAUGGUUUGUGAUUUUUGUGGUCAUGUUUUGCUGCACGAGCAGCAGAAGAAAUAAAAGCAACAGAAGCAUGAGCCAGGUAGCUUGGUGGUAUUCAGGGUUUUCCAUCGGUACAGCCCUUGGUGUUUCCUCCCCACGAGGUUUAUAAGCUCAGCCCACACUCUCAAACUCUUCUUCAAAAGCCAGUAAAAUGACAGAGACCUGCAAAGAAACUUCCGGCUGAGCAGUGACGCUGGGAAUGAGCUUUGCCCUGCAGCCCUUGGUCUCUUGCCCAGCUCUCCCUUUGCUGCAGGCGUUUAGAGGGGAAAAGAAAAUACAUGCAGGAGCAGAAGGUGGCUGGACCGAGACCAUUUCUGGUUUUCCACUCACCACAGCUCCCAAAUAACUGUGGAAGAAUGGGGAGGGUUUCACACCUUUGCUCUGGCUUUGGUGAAGCGGCUCAGCCCUGGCAGAGGCAGUGGUCCGCGCUGGGCUCCAUCCUCCAGCCCCUGGGAAAGAGAGGACCAGGCAGCCACUUGGGUGAGUGCAUCUCCCAGCACACCAGGGUGGCGGCGGUCCCAAGCCCUCUGUGAGCCAGAGGAGCUUCAGAUGAAGAGCGAUGCCUGAGCACGGCCCUUCCUCUCCCCUGCUUGCUGUAAACCACGCAGUCACCCACGCACAAAUGGGGUGAUCUCCCUUGAGUGCUGCCACCAAGUCGACACAGCGGGGAUCCGCUCCCAUGGCUGCCCGGAACGAGGAGAAAAGCAGAGCCGAGCAAUGGAAAACUGGGGGAAACCCAGGUCAAGUUGGUCCUCGGGAGUGCUCAUGAAGGAGGGGAUUGGGGUGGUUUGCUCGACCCCAAGCCAGAAGCUGGCAGAAGAUAAGUCUUCUGAAAGGGACUGGCUCGUCUCCCUUCUCUCCUGCACCGAAGGGCAGAGUUCGAAGUGUUUAAACCUAUGUAUUUUUCUAUGUAAAUAUUCCCGCUAUUCAUUAGCAAUGUAUUCAGCGCACUUCACUUACCUGUGCUCUGCACUAUGGGGAAGUAAUUUUGGAGGGGAGGGGGGGGAAAACUGGAAAAAAAAUAAAAAAGUAAAAGCUAAAGGCCAGUCUGGUAGGGGAUCAUAAUUCGAUGUGAAGCAGGAAAACACCUCCUGCCCCGAUAACCCCACGCCACAGCUUUGUCCCUGCUCCAGCAGCAUCAAGUUCAGCUCUUUAAAGUUGCAGCAAGGCUCUAAUAACUGGUCCCGGCAUUUGCAAUUGCUUUCGCGAGCACAUUUGCUUCCCAGUUGCCCUGAGAGAUGAACAGGUCCGUGACCUCACAUUUCUGGCCUUCACAGAACAUAAAUGCAGCAACAACACAGGGCAGCAGCGAGGCUUUGGCCGCGGGGGCUGGCAUUGCUGUAAGGGUGCCCCUGGCAGAGCAUCUCCAGGCAGUCGGGUUUUGGCAUGUGCCUAAAGAUCCUUCCCAGCGAAGAGAUGCCAAAGUGCUUUAAUGAAUCAGGUCCAAAGACUUUCCAAGAGAACCCUACAAAAGCUUGAGAUCAAGCAACCUUAAAUCUUCCCGAGCAGAGACCAGAGAAGGUAUUAACUGCUCAGCAAGUGCUUAUAGUGAUUUAUAUUUGAAUAGGAAUUGUACAUUUAUUUAUUUUUCCAGACACCAUAUUUUUAAACCACUAAUGUUUUAUAGUAGAUUUUCCUUCCCCUAUUUAAAGAACUACUUCCACGGAAAAAAAAACACAGUACGUUUUUUUAUGUUGAGAAUAUUCUUUUGAAAAAGUAAAAAAAAAAUAUCAGGUAGGAAAUGCAGUGAUGAGCAUCUUUGGCCUUAAUCCUUCCCUUUGUAGACUGUAGCCAUAACUGUUAGACCAAAAAUAAUUAAAAAAAAAAUAAUCUACCCAGGCAUUUGCUCCCUCCCUUCCCCGCACUCCUCUUCUCUCUCCCAAAACAGCUUUAACAUCCAACAUGUUGUACAAAGAGAUUAUUGCUCCUACCUUUUGGUGAGAGUUUUAUAAGCAGCUCAGAUGUCCUUGCAAGAGACUUUUCUACUUUCAGAUUUACAAGGAACACGUAACUACUUUAGGACAAUUUGUCUCCCGCUCACAGUGCCAUGACCCAACCGAUGAGACUGAUACUGUGACUGUUGCCUACAGAAGACAUACAGAAGACAGAAUCUGUAAGGGACUGCAGGAGAACCCGUUUCCCAAGGCGGCUACUCAUUGGACCUUGCACAUAUACUAGAGCUCUUACGUACUGUAUAGCAGCAUCUCUUACGGGGACAGGAGUCUGAUUUACACUGGAAUUUACUGAGGAACUGGAUUGUAGAGUUUAUUGCGUUUUCCUACAAAUAUAUUUUGAAAGCAUCAUGUAUUUCUGUCAAUAAACAUUCUUAUGUAAAAGACCAA